AUGCGGGAGUGCACGCGCCGGGUACUGCGAACGUUCCGCGCCUCGGGGGUGGAGCCGAUCGUCGAGAGCAAGGUCCGCACCGCCGCUGAGCUGCAGGACCUGGGGCACCUGAUUCAGGACGGCGCCCUGGAGGCCCAGAGCGAGGAGCCCCCGGGAGCGCCAGUGCCCGCUCGGCCGGGUCCAGCGGAGGCCCCUGGCGUGCCAGCCUCAUGGGCGGGGCUGAGGGAGGCGCUCGGCCUCAAGGACGUGGCGCGGGCGGGCUGGCUGAGGCGGGGCGUCGAGGCGCCAGAGAGCGUGGCCGCCCACAGCUGGGGCGUGGCGUUCCUUGCCUCUCAGCUGUGCCCCGCGAGUCUGGACAGGGGGCGCGUGCUGGAGAUGAGCAUCGUGCACGACCUCGCCGAGGUCCGCGUGGGCGACAUCACCCCCCGGGACGGCGUGCCGCCCGCCGAGAAGCACCGCCUCGAGGCCCAGGGCCAGCGAUCGAGCACGCAAGCGCAGCACAGCUCGGUCGCAGCGGGAGGCGGCGGCGGCGGUGCGGCGGCGCUUCAGUGCUCGAGAGGCUUGCAGGCUUUGCCAGGCAAGCUGUGUGACAAGUGA